AGUAGGACCAUAGAGCCUUCUAAGUCAUGUGACCGCUGUUCCUGAUGUGUUCCAGAGUACGUAGUAAAAGUUGACUGUAGCUAAAGUUAGGUUACUUUACCGGCAGAUUACCCAGAAAGUGAUUGUAUUCGCUGAAAACCAUGGCAGAACACAAUUUAGCCAUUCCUAUGGCUGUUGUAACGCUGUUUUGGGGUUUCGUUGGAGGAGUUGUACCGUGGUUUAUUCCUAAAGGACCUAACCGUGGGGUCAUCAUUACAAUGUUAAUACUGACAGCUGUCUGCUGCUACUUGUUUUGGCUGAUAGCAAUCCUGGCACAGCUGAAUCCUCUGUUUGGGCCGGCCUUGAGCAAUGACACCAUUUGGUAUCUGCAGUAUCACUGGCCUUAAAGCACAAUUCACCACACCACAGAAACAAAAUAUUUUCUCUGCAUUUCACCAUUGAGGACCAUGAGGACCAAAACAACAUAUCUACUCUUUGUCACUCUCAGACAAAUUUGAGCUCGGAACCUGAUUCAUCUUGCCAUCAUUUUCUUCAGAUACUUUGUGAAGGCUCUUCAAUUCUAUGGGUUGAUGAAUUGGAAAGGGGACAGAGGCAAUACUCUCAGCUCACAGUUCUCUCUCACAGCGCUCUCUCUCUCUCUCUCUCUCUCUCUCUCUCUCUCUCUCUCUCUCUCUCUCUCUCUCUCUCUCUCUCUCUCUCUCUCCCUCUACUUUAAAUUCAAUAUGUUUUCCCACUAUUCUGUAUGAAAUACUUGUGCCACUAGACAGACAGAAGAGGUGAAAGUGCAAGUUUCUUGUCUGUACAAAGCAUCAUUCAGCCUCGCUUUUUGUUUAGGGUUUGUGUUUCUGCUGAGUAACUCCCUAUUUAGUGAAAAGGUUGGCACAAGGCCCUGGAACGCGGGCGGAUUCUAAGCAGCGGGUGCAUUGCAGACUCCUCAAGAUUGCCCAGAGCCUUGGACAGGGGCCUGAGCUGACAGUCUUGGAACUUCCCAUCAAAGUAGCCCAAGCCCCCACCUCACUUCUAUUCUUGAAGCCUUGACAAGAACUCUGAGGGUUCUUUCUAAACCUUCAGGUUGCAGAAACUCUGACCCUAAAUUCUUGCUCUAAAUAAGUAUUGCCCCCACAUUGUUUAUUACACUUGUUAUUUGUGUGCCUUUUGAUCUGCUAAGGUAUGUCUGUCUAAUUAUGGAAAUUAAUGAUUGCGUAUUUUACCUUAAUGCCACGAUUUAACAGCACAAUUUACUGAUUUUGUAAUUAAGAUUGAUUAAUGUUGUUAUACACAUUUUCGAUACUCAUUACCGUCAUCAUAGAGCAUGUAAUUUAUAGGUUAUUCUAGAUUGCCAAAUAAUUACAAGUGCAUCCUGAAUUAAAUGUCUGAUUGUA